CCUCAUCUCAUAACUGCUGUAAAAAUAGAGGUAUCAUAAGUAUAAAGCUCAAUUGCGCUCAUAAAUGACUAAUCAACGGAAACAUUUGCCUUGACGCAUGGUGGUUGAGAAUUAGCGAACAUGGAUGAAUUCAAAGUAAAAAGUCUGGACUUGCAAUUUUACAAUUAUCUAUGCGAAAAAAUUGGAACAGACGAGUUAGUUCGACUUCGUCGGAAAUAUUACCAGCUCUGGGACUUUUUACUAACAAACAAAGAUGUAGUUGUUGUAAACAGUGGCAGUAAAUCAGAGGGAUUGGACCUUGAAGGAAGUGACAUAGAUGUAAUGUUCCUGAGAAAGGAUAUCACAGUUUAUGAAAAUGAAGCUCAAUACAGAAACAAAAAACCCAACGUUUUUAUAAUGAUCACACAAGAUAUAAAACCAGGAUUUACUAUGCUAAAAUUGAGCAAAUCGUCAUUCAUAUUCAGAAGGGAAAUAUAUAAUUGUUCGGAUAUAUGGGAACAAGACAUUUUAUUGUCGAACGUGAAAGUUAAGCAACUUUUAAGAACGAAACAUGCAGGAUAUGAUUUGGUACAUGGACCAUGUAUAACUGAUAAUGAAAACAAUCGUGAUUACGCAUUUUGCUUAAGAUGUCCAAGUUGGAUUAGGCAAGCCCGAAAAUUAAGGGGGAAAAGUAGAGUAUGGCCAAGUCCGAGCGUGAUUGCAAAUAUAGAAAAGUAUGGGACAUUGUUUGUUCCUAUUGGUUGCAAAACAUCUGUAACAGAAGAGUUUGAAUGGCGGAUUUCCUUUUCUGUUGCUGAAAAACUGCUUAUAUAUUCUUUCAGACAUACACAAAUGCUCUGUUAUGCGUUGUUAAAGAUCAUGUUAAAAGAAAUAAUUGAAACGUAUACUUAUUCAAAGGGAAUAUUAUGUUCCUAUUUCUUAAAAACUGUUGUCUUUUGGGUUUCAGAGGAAUACCGUGGCGAUGAGUGGCAACCUCAUAUGAUUUUAACAUGUUUUAUGGCAUGCUUAGCAAGACUUGUAUAUUGUGUCGAUCAUUCAUACCUUCCUCAUUAUUUCAUACCAGAGAUCAAUUUAUUAGAAGAUAAGUUAAUUUCCAAUAAUGCGACUGAGCUGACGCACUUGUUAAACAAGUUUUAUAGAAUAGGUCCACAAUUUUUAACGUAUUCAAAAACACUUUCUAAUUUUGCACAGCAUCAUAUUUCUUCGUUUAAUAUUAUAAACAACUUUAAUACGUUAUACCAUAUCAAUAGGAAAUAUGCCAUGGAAAUAUCAAAAAUGUGUUAUUGUCAACGCUGUUCAAAUAUUAAGAUCAGUAAGAUUUCAAAACUCUCAACCAAAAGGCGGAAUCCAUUGAAUUUAAAUGUUUGUAUUUUUCGAAUAUGUCAGUUUGCCGGAAUUUCAAACGAAAUUAAUGGAAAAAAUUUAUCAUUGAACAAGGUAUUUUACGAAAUCCACAAACAGCGUUUGCCAUAUAUAAUACUUGGAUUAAAUGCAGAUGCUGCUUCUGGAUGGCUAUAUCUUGCCACUUAUCUAUUUUCUCUCAACCAAUUCUCUGUAUCUCUGAGAAUUAUAGAUUAUGCCUUAUCUAAAUGUACUCCCGACAAACUGUACUGCUGUAAUGACGAUCUACAUUAUGAACAACUAUAUGAUACGGAGCAGCAAGCAUUGAAAUAUGGCUGUCUCGAUAUUAGUUCUAUUUUUAGAAGACACGUUAUCACAGCUAUUCUUUUUUGGAAAGAUUCGAUUCUUCCAAUUAAAAGAAUAUACGAACUAAAAAACAGAUAUGACUUUACUAAUUCUAGUUUACCACCUGUUGUGUACGCACAUUAUUUACGAUUUUUGUGUUUUUACCGACUAUAUGACGGUGACAAUUGUCGGAAGUGCCUACACGAUAUACAACUGACAAUUGAAAAUGGUUAUUUUGUAUGUGCACAUCAAAAAGUGGAUUCAUACACAUGUUUAGCAGCAGCACAUUUAAAGAUAGGUGACAAAAAUGCGGCUAUGAAAUGUUUGGAUGUCGUAGAUCGUCUAAAUGUAUCAACCUCUUUCUGUGUAUAUUAA